ACCACCACCGCCGUAGGUCGCAUCCGAUUGGCGAUUCCACUGUGGACCAUUUGAGGGUUUCCUGUUCAACCGGCGCCAAGAGAUUCUGUAGCAAGUCCACCGCUCUUGGAGGAGCCCAAUGCGGUUUCGUCCCCCUCCAGAGAGAUGUGCCCACUGCGCCUCCUCAGUGUCCUGCUGGUGCUGGUGUUGUGCCUCCAGGGACCCUCCGCCCAGAUUAUGGACUACCUCUUUGAGAGCUGGAAGGCUUACAGCGAGGAGUGCCACCGGAACAUGAGCCUUCUACCCCCACCUGCUGAGCUGGUCUGCAACCGAACCUUUGACAAGUACUCCUGCUGGCCUGAUGCACAACCAAACACCACAGUCAAUGUUUCCUGCCCCUGGUUCCUGCCCUGGUAUGACCAAGUGAAGCAUGGUUAUGUAUUUAAGAAGUGUGGCCCAGAUGGGCAAUGGGUGACUACCCCUGAAGGGAAGUCAAUGCGUGAUGCUCAUCAGUGUGUGAUGGACAAUAAAACCAUCUCAGACCAGGAGAGGUUUGCUAAGAUCUACGGUAGCUUCAAGGUGAUGUACACCGUUGGCUAUUCCGUGUCGCUCUGUGCCCUGCUCCUUGCCCUGGCUGUGCUGCUAGGCUUCAGCAAGCUGCACUGCAUGCGCAACUACAUCCACAUGAACCUCUUCGCCUCCUUCAUCCUGAAGGGCAUCUCGGUGCUUAUCAUUGACGCGCUGCUCAACACUCGCUACAGUGAGAAGAUUGACGAUGAUGACAAUGUCGGUCUCUGGCUGAGUCAUGAGGCAGCAGCAGGCUGCCGGGCAGCCACGGUGUUCAUGCAGUAUGGCAUUAUCGCCAACUACGGCUGGCUGCUGGUGGAGGGGAUCUACCUGCACAACUUGCUCGUGUUGGCCGUCUUCUCUGAACGCAGCUACUUCACGCUCUACCUCUGCAUCGGUUGGGGAGCUCCAGUUCUCUUUAUUGUGCCAUGGGUAGUCGUGAAAUUUCUUUAUGAAAAUAUCCAAUGCUGGAGUACCAACAAUAACAUGGGGUUCUGGUGGAUCCUGCGUUUCCCUGUCUUUCUGGCCAUCUUUAUAAAUGUCUUCAUUUUCAUCCGUAUCAUUCAGAUCUUGGUUUCUAAGCUCCGUGCCCACCAGAUGCGCUACACAGACUACAAGUUCCGGCUUGCCAAGUCAACACUGACACUGAUUCCAUUGUUGGGGAUCCAUGAAGUGGUUUUCGCCUUUGUCACUGAUGAGCAUGCCCAGGGCACCCUGCGCUAUGUCAAGCUCUUCUUUGACCUCUUCCUCAGCUCUUUCCAGGGAAUGCUGGUGGCCAUUCUCUACUGCUUUGUGAACAAAGAGGUACAGUCAGAGCUCAAAAAGAAAUGGACCCGCUGGAAACUCGGCUGGGACAUAGAAGAGGAGUACAAGCACACCUACAGCCACACGCCCAAUGUUCGUAAUGGAGGUGCCAGCACCUUUGAGAAGCACAAACUGGUUGGCAACUACCUCAAUGGGUUGGGCCGCAGCCAAGCCACUGUCCAUACUAGCACACAGUAUCUGGAGAGGACAGGCUGCAGCGCCAGUGAGAACUUGGCUGCAGGUGGAACAUGGCAGCCCCAAUGCUAUGGGUUCCCUGACACAGUUGAGAGCAACUUCUGAAGCAGGCUCAAACAUCUUCCCUUGGCAUCUACGGGAUCUUUCUGAAUUUUGUCCUGGAGACACCUACACUGCAAAGCGAAGAGGAUCUGGAUUUGGAGACAGUGAGGAAUGGGAGAUGUGACUUGGAAAGAGUGUCUUCGGCCCAAGCUCUGCCUGGAAAUGACAGAACGGCUCAAGUUCUUUUCUGGGUUUAGGACAUGUGUGCCAGAUGCCAAGAGCCCAACUGCCCUGCAUGCCUGCACAGUGCUCAAUGGCUGUGUCCCACCACCACGAGUGUAACAGGACAAGGACAGCUCAGUCACGGGCAUGCUGAGGGAGAUCACCGUGCCAAACGAGUGUUGUGGGGGAGGAGACUGUGUAUCUUAGGAAGGGCCUCGGAAAAUCUACACCAUUUAAAGACCCUUCCAGGAUCAGCUGUGAUCAACUCCUUAAGAAUUUCAAAAUCCUUUUUUUAAAAAAAGUAUCUGGCCCUUGUAUUAACAGAGAACAAACUCAGAAUGUGCCAGUAGUAUUUGCUGUAAAGUGAAGAACAUAUGCAGGGGGCUGUGCAGUUGCUUCUUUCAGUCAUGGUUCAGGGUAUAUUCAGGCAUUCUCUAGUUUUGUUCAUUUUACCCCUCUGUUCCAGACACUGGCAAUAGUUCAGUGCAAAAUUGUGCCAAAAACAGCCCUCCAAACAACUGUGUAACGAACAUGCAAAUAUAUAACUGUCCAAUGUGA